GAGAGCUACCCAGCAAACAUAAUGUCAAACAUUUAAAAUAAGAACAAAAUAAUGAAAGUUUAGAUUUAGAAUUUUUGUCACAUAUAACCAAUUUAUUUAAUGAAUGUAAUUUAAAUUUUAAGGAAAAGAAAAAAUAUGCAUUAUACGGCCUAAAUUCUAUUUAAUUUUGUAUUUAUUUUUGACUUUGUUAUUAUGUGUUCAAUUGCAAUUGAAACGCUUGUGUUUGCUAUGCUUCGUCCAAAAACAACCAACAACAAUGCUUAGUAAAUGUCUGAAAAAAAUGACGAUAGUCCGUCGCAUGUGUUUUCAUCGAGAGCUAAACGAUGAAUGAACAAAAGUUUUUAAAAGAGCGUAACAAAUGUGUGUAAAUUUUUCAAACAAUUGUUGUAUGGCGUGAACAUUACUGAUCUAUAAUAAAAGUAGUUGUAUUUGUUAAAUGUUAAUAAUUAUUAAUUUGUGAAAUAUGUUGGAGGAUUCUAUCACAUCUAGUCCAUCCAAAUCCAAUAAAUCAAUACAUGAAGCAAGACUUAAAAGGAAAAACAAGCGAAAAAAGGCUGAUGAAAUUUUGCAGAUAAACAGUGAUCAAGAACAGAUUGUGGGUCUUCAUAGAAUUAUAGAUUACUUUUACAAAGAUUCCGAUGGCGAACAUUCGGAAAAUGAAGCUACAAAUUCAACAUUUUUGGUGACGAAACCUCCAGCGAUAAUCCGAAAUUAUAAACCAUUUGAAAUGGAAAAAUCUCUGGCGAUAGCUGAUCAUAUAUCAUCAAAUCAAGUCAAACAAAAUAAACCAAAUUUGUGGCCAGAAACACAAGGAUUUUUUACUUGUAAAACUUUAACUGAAUUAGAAUUGGCAAGAGAGCAGCAAACUAAAGAUUUAAAUGAAAAUUAUAAACAAAACUCCUCCUUUACUAUAACCGAAUCUGAAAUGAUUAGCUGUUGCCACAAUGCAGAAAACCUAUUACAGCAUACUACUUCAAAGGAAAUAGAUAAAGCAAAUUCCAUUGCUGAGGAAUUAUCACCCAAGAAAAAUGAUGAUAUGUCUUUAGUUAAUUCUAUAUUGGAGGACUUCUCUCAAUCUCCUUUAAGUAAAGAACAAAUUAUAAUAAAUACCUCUUAUCAGUAUACACCAGAAUUUCGCCUGCGUAGACGUCCAGAGAAAACUUACAGUCGCAAGUUUUUAAAUACUACCAAAACAAAUCUUAACACACGGUUUGAAGAUCUACCUUCAGCAGUCUCAUACGAUGAUGAUCAUAGCAAUUGUUCUUCAUUAUCCGUACAAGAAGAUUUAACGUUUGACGAAUUGUCAAACAACAACGACACAACGCCAACAAGCGCAAACAACACACAACGUUUAUGUGAAAAUCUUUUAAAUUUAAGUGUAUAUUUUACACAAAAUAAUCAAAGUUUUUCUGAUGAUCAACAAGAUACAAAUUUAUUUUCGGAUAAAAUGUCAGAUCUUGUUAAAGAUAUCCUCACUUUACGUUCUAUAUGUCCUAACAAUAUACGUUAUGAUUCGUAUGAUUCAAUUGAGGAUUUUCAUGGAUUUCCUAGUCAUAGUAAUGCUAAUGAGAGAGAUGUCAUCGAUAUAGAAAAUGCUGAAUUAGAUAGCAGGCAUACAACUUUAAAUAUAACACAUGAUUUGAACAUACCUUUAAAUGAAGAAGAAAAUGCCUCUUUCGAAGAUUGGAAUGAAGACGAUUGUCAUGGUGUAUUUGCCAAUAUUAAUACUGAAAAUAUUUUACAAGAAGAAAAUAUUCAAAAUCAAAAUAAGAAACUGGAAAAUUUUGUGGAAUUAGCUGAGGAUAAAUUGCCAAAGAAUCCUGAUCUCACCUCUAACAACUUAGUUGGUUUAAAAACCGCAUCUUCAAAACCAAUUAAAGUGUCAAGAGAAGCACAUAUAAUGGCUGCUAAAAUAUUAAGUAAACUUCCCGAUAUACCAGCGUUCGAAAAAAAUACGGACGUUAAUGACUGUGAUACUGGAAAUAUUAUACGAGAUGUAAAUAUUUUUGAAAAUGUCGAAGAUUAUGAAUGGGAGGAUGACUGUGAUUUAUUUCUAAAUUUUCAAACACCCAUUACCUCAAAAGGAAAACAUGCAACUGAGGAGCAUGAGCAACAACAUAAAACAAAUGAACUACAAAUUCCUCAGCAAGUACUAGUAGUUCCUAGUACAUCGAAAAUGGCUGCACAAGGAUUCAAAACUGCGGGUGGGAAAAAUGUGCAUAUAUCUAAAAAAGCCCUAGAUUCCGUCGAAAAACUACUAAAGGAAUUCACAAGCGAUGAUAAGGAUUACAGCAAAUGCGAGGAAGACUUGAAAGAAAUAAAAUGUAAAGUUUAUGCAAAAACGCAUAAAUUUGAAGCCAAACAACAAUCGUGUCAGAGCGAUAUAAAAGAAAUUAUUAACAGAGAAAAUGGGGAGCCAAUAAUCGUUUCAAAUAUAGGAUUUCAGACAGCCAAAGGUAGAAAUAUUACAAUUUCAGAAAAAGCUCAGCAAAGUGUGAAAAGCAUUUUAAAAGAAUUUAGUGUGGAACAGGGGCAGAGUUUUGAAAAUUCUUUGGAAAUUAUGAAACAAAACAUAAAUAAGAAAAAUAAUGAAUGUAAGCAUUCAAUACCAGCAGCUAAUGUUUCUAAAGCUGGCAAAAAUGUUGAAUUUUCUAAAGAACAACAAGUUGAAACUCCACAUAGUUCAACGAAUUUACCCCAAAUUAACAGCUCUAAAUUAUUGGAAAACAAUAUGGGUUUUCAAACGGCCAAUGGCAAAAAGCUUAAAGUAUCCACUAAGGCACAACAAAAUGUGGACAAGAUGUUAAAAGAAUUCUUUGAUGAUAGUAAAAAGGAUUUUUUAAGCGAUUUAAAAUCUAUUAAGAAUGAUGUAAAUAAGAAAAAUGAUAAAUAUAAAAUGGCAGUUAAAAAUACAAAUAUAGUUGAUAGCAGUCAUUACAUAGAAAAGGACGAAAGCUUAACUGACAUAAUGUUAAGUGAAUGGCCGUUAGCAACACAACAUGAAACUGCUGCAAAGGAAGGAACCAAAAAUAAUGAAGAAAUCCGGGAAAAACCUAUAGAAAAUAAAGUUGUAAAUAUGGGCUUUAAAACUGCCAAUGGCAGAAAUGUUUCAAUAUCAGCCAAAGCUCAACAAACAGUUGCGAAACUUCUGCAAGAGUUCAACACUGAUUUAGAUAUUAAUAAAAAGUAUGAAAAUGAUUUAAUAGAAAUGAAAACAAAAAUUGAAAUAAAAAAUAAAGAACUUAAGCACAAUGAUAGCAGUAGUAUUAAUACAAAAUCUAGUCAAGUAAAUAAUGAUAAAGCCGAUACAACAUUAAGUGAGUGGCCUAUAAAUCCAGCCAAUGUUAUGCAACAAAAUAUUACACCCAAACCAAUGAUGGGUAAACGAAAACAAUCUACAAAUAAUAAUGAUAUAGCAACUCCCGAGGCCAGCACAUCACCGCCUGCAAAAGUCUUAAAAAGAAGUUUAUAUAAUUCAAAAUCAUUGUUUGCCGAACAGUCACUUCAAUCGCCAGUGACUUCAUCGGCAAUAUCAAGAAAAAAUCUUUUAUCUUUAACAAAAAGACGUAACAGUAAAAGAAGCUCCACAGUAGCCGUACUAAAUGAGGAGAUUCCUAAAAUAAAUAAAGAAAAAUAUGAUUUAAGUGCGGCUGUAGAAACUCCUAUUAAAUCAUCAGUUUCAUUAAGAGCCAAUGUACAAACUCCAGUUACUCCAAAUUUAAGAGACUUCAUUUCAAAUGCUCCUCUAACAUCAACUCCUCGUAUAAAUGCUCUUUCUAACUCACCAGAAACCAUUAAGGAUACAGAUUUUACACCAAUAACCUGGCAACACAAUAAUAAUUCCAUCACCAAUAAGUCUACAAACAACUCGAAUCACACUACUAAACUUUCUGAUACCUCAUCAUUAAAUAUUACUGUAAACUCCUCUAAUCCCACAGCCAAGGAACGUAUAGGUCGUUUAAAAAUGUACGGUAAAGCGCCUGCUGUUUCACCUAUUCUUAUUGAAACUCAUCAUAACUGUCGGCCAUCUGGAUUAAGACGUACUCGUAGCAUGCUCAAGAAAACAGAAAAAUAAUUCGCUUAUUAUUUGUUUAUAGAAAGAAAACAAUAGAAACUUUUCCUAAAUUAAUCUUACUGUUAUAGUAUAAUACAUUUGUGACAAGAGGGUUAUAACUCAAAAUUAGUUUUUGUUCAGUGUAUAUACCAGGUUUUAUUUACUAUUUUUUUAAAGAAUAACAAAAUCACAUCAAACAUUUCCAGUCAUUUCACUUGAAACUACGUUUGUUUUUAGUUAUAACCCUAUUAUCGCAAAUAAGCAAUAUGGCUUUGUACAUACACAAAAGUCUAUAAUAUAUUUAUUAAAUAUACAUACAAAGUACGUAUCAUUUGUGUACACGUUCUACGUUACUAUUUGUAUUUUCAUUUUGUUUUGUUUUAUUUUUUACUUUUCUGUUUUGUCUAGUUGUUUUAUUUAAUCUACGAGUAUAAUUAACUUCAUGUUUUGUAUAAAACUCUUGCAAUUCAGUAACAAUACAAUUGUUUUCAAUAACACA